GCAGGGAGCGCUCGCCUGGGCGCAGAGGCGAAGCCGGCGGAGGAGGAGCGGCGGGCGCAGCAUGGGCUGCCGCCCUUCCCAGCCCGCUGGAGACCGGAGCCGCCGCGUCCCCGCGCCCAAGAAGGGCUGGGAAGAAGGAUUCAAGGCUGAUGGCGCUGCAACUCAUUCCAGGGAGAAUUUCAGCCCCCGAGAGGAAGCUGUACUACCCAGGGGUACUGUGGGUAAUGCAGAGGACCUGAAACAAGCCCAGAUGGGAAACUUACCCGGGACCAUUCCAGAAAGUUCUCCAUCUCCUAGUGAAAGAAACAGAAGAGUAAAUUCAGACCUAGUGACCAAUGGAUUAAUCAAUAAGCCCCAACCCCUAGAGAAUCGAGAGCGACAGAAGUCAUCAGACAUCCUGGAGGAACUAAUUGUUCAAGGAAUAAUUCAAAGCCACAGCAAAGUAUUUAGAAAUGGAGAAUCAUAUGAUGUCAUGGUGGACAUCACUGAGAAGCCGCUGAGAAAGCCACCGGCCAGGCUGAAAAAACUCAAGAUCAAAAGGGAAGUACAGGAUUUCACGAUGAAGGACAUCGAGGAGAAGAUGCAGGCGGCAGAGGAGCGCCGGAAGACUAAAGAAGACAAAAUAAGAAAAAGGCUACGGAGUGACCGACUUUUGCCCUCAGCUGGUCGUUCAGGUUCAGCCGGGGAGCUGAGCAAGGCUGAGGUUCCGUUUGCCAAGGGACUUCAAACGGUGAAUCCUGCUGGGUUUGAACCCUCAGACCUGCAGGGAGGAAAGCCAUUGAAGAGGAAGAACAGUACAAGCGAUGCAACUUCCACUGGUGGAAACUACAAUUAUGAAAGCAUUGUGGUUGUGGAGUCAGACAUGUCCUACAACCAAGAGGAUGACAUAUUCUAAUAAGCCAUUUUUUGGUGUGAAUUUCGUAAGAAAGCAUCCAUUCUCCCCGGCUGUGACAUUCUUAGUAUGUGUCGUGUUCUCUGACUGCCUGACCUCACUCUAUUGGGAUUAGGAAUCACUGUGUGAGCUAAAGGGUAGGUGAGUAAAUUAGAUGGUCAUGCUAGCUAAAUAAAAGGGAGGGAGAUUUGACCGGCUUAGAUGUUAUGGGAUUGGUAUUCUUCUGCAUGUUCUUUAAACAUUGUGACGGUGUCUUUAUUUUAUGAGUAUCUUCAGCUUACAUGAAUACAUUUGUGCCAAAUGAAAUCAUUUCUUUUCAUUCCUGCCCUGCGGCUGUGUCCCCUGGUAUCAGUCCUUUAAGACAAAUUGCAUGGAUUUGUAUUAAACAUAUUCACGAUCUGUAUGCUUCUUAUGCUGUACAGCUAGAGUUUUAUUAUUAUUAUUAUUAUUAUUUUAUUUGUGUUACAAAGGAAUAAAGCAAUAUCUUCGAGUUGGUCGAAUUAACCAGUUUCAUCCGAAUAGUUUAAGUAAGCAAUAUCUGGUUCUCAGAAUUAGGUAAAGUAUGGAGUUUUUGGUCUUGUGAAAACAGAAAAACUUCAGUUGGAGAGCACAGGGCGGGAGGAAGUUGGGGAGACAGUGGAUAUACGGAGGGUCGUCUCUGCUGCCAGUGAACUCUCUUCCCCGCAGGCAUCUGAGCUGAGGAGUUUGCUGGCCCUCAUCUUAUUGAAGUUAUUGGAAUUAUUCCUUGGUUCUUCCCUCCCUCACUACCCACAUUCUAUUGGUUAUCAGGUCUCGUGGGAUUACAUUCUACAGGUCUCUUGCAAUCCAUCUUCAUACUUUUCUUCUGUCUCUACCUAGUUUAGACCACCCCACCAGCAUUCAGCUGGGUUACUGCAACAGUUUUCUCGAUCUUUAUACAGUAGUCAUCUGUUGAAAACUCCUCGCUGCCUACUUUUAUUGUCAAGAUCAAGUCCAGGGUCUUGCUGGGAAGGGUCUCAGCUUUCACAAUUCACCCAGACUGAGCCUAUUCCAGUUCUUCAAACUCAGCACAGUCUCCCUAGCCUCGGGCCUUUGCACAUGCUCUUCCUUCCUUCCACUCUCCCCAUCUUAGUCCUUGACUUGAAGAAAGUCUUCUUGUUUUUCAUGUCUCAACUCAGACGUCACUCCCUCUAAGCCCCUCAGUUCGGGUUGGUGCCCCUCUCUCUCAGAGUCACCUUUUGGCAGCCUGGACUGCUGCUCGUCUUUGCACUUCUCACCCUGUCUAGGAGUUACCUGAUAACGUUUCCAUCUUUACUGUUGGACAUUUUCAGUUCCCAAAGGGCAAAGGAGUGGGUCUGCUGUGAUCAUGGUUUGCAUUUUUUUUGUACCUCUGCAAGCGAAAUGCACAUAAUAAGUGCUGUGUGAAUAUUGCUUUAGUGGGUGAAUGGAUAUGCCUGUGUAGCCUCCAGAAGCAGGAGGACAGCCCCAGGAGUCAGCUUGUUUUCCUGGAAAUCAGUGGCUGAGGGCAGAGCUGAUUUGACUUGAGGGCCACUCAGCAUCUCCCGUUUGUACAUUCCCUUUGCAUAUGGACCUUGUGUUCCCAUAGCCUGUAGGACUCUGGACUCUUAAUAGCCAAUAAGGUAUGAUGGUGGAGAUGCAGGGGGUAGAGGUCUCUUCAAAACUCAUUUCAGAGUCAGAGUCUACUUCUAACAGCAUGACCUUGGAAAGGCAUGUGGGCUCUCUGUGUCUCAAUCACUUUAUGUGUUAAUUUGGAAUAGCCACCAUCACGGAGUUGUAGCAAAUUAAAUAAUGUGUUUAAAAUACUGUGUAGACUAGAAUAUGCCACAGUAUUGAUAGCAUGUUAGUUAUAUAAAAUCUCAUGUAAGCAACAUGAUGUUUUUCAUCCAUCCCAAGGUUUUUCUAUGGAAGCAUUCUCAUGGUGGCAUGUGCCAAUCUUAUAAAAUACUAGAGUAGCUAGAAUAAUUGUACAAGGAUACUUCAGAAAAAGAUUUGGGUAUCAUUCAUAUCUCUGCAAAUAAUAAAAUUUAAAUGCCCACAAAAUACUGUCAACACAGACUUGUAUUGUGAAUUAAAUUCCCAAAUUUGAUAAAUACUGACAUAAUACUUUCUCUUGAAAUCUUAUGCUCUUGCCUAUGUUAUAUAUAGGGGCUUGGAUGGCAUGUUUGUUGAGUUAAAAUAUAUAUAGUAUAAAUGUGAACAUUAUCAUUGAUACCUUAGCUUGAAAACCUCUCUACGUAUAUAGAGUUAAAUAUGCAAAAGAUGAACACAUCCUAAAUGAUAAUCUGUGUAUUUUCUUAGUGAUGCCACCCACUUUAAUAGGAUGGGAAGAGAAACGAUUAGAAUGGAUACCUAAAGUUCUAGGUACAUUACUGCUCACAAAAACCAUCACAGGGUUUGAGGAACCAGGGACUCGGAGACCCUGAGCAACUGCCCACAGUCACAGAGCCACCACCAUCAACCAGGGACGAAGCUUGUAUUUGAAUCCUGCUCUGCCUCCCAAGUGCUAUUAACUCCAUCCCUGCAACGUUUUUUAAAAACUUCAAAUGGAAAUGUGACUUUCCCCAUGAUCAUGUUUCUUCCUCUUUUCUUUUCUCUUUAAAGGAUGAUUUGUACUAAUGAAUAAUCAAAAAGAAGAAUUGAGAUUUCUAAAACAUAGCCUCUGGGAUAAUGUUAAUUUUAUGUAUUGAAAUAGCAUAAUUGGUUUUCUCAUUCUUAAAGCACAAAAUUUUGAACAACCACCAGGCUAUUUCAACUAAAAUCAAACCACAACCUUCAGGAAGAUAUGGGCCAGGGAACACAUGAUUAGAUAAGUGUCUCUAUAAUCAUCUUAAUUGGGGGCCAACCGACUAAUUUCUGCACAGUUAUUUUUUUGUGAAAAAUGACCUUGCUGUAUCUAACAGAAAUUACUUUGAUAUUUAAUAAUACUCUAAUUCUAGGGGGGAAAAAACCUCAUGGAUGAUUCAUAUUUAAGGUAAUAUAUUUUAAAUAAUAUUUAAGAAGUAUAUUUUACAAUCUUUCAGAUAUAUUUAAAAUAAUACACGUUGUAAGACGCUUAUGUUUGUAAAAGUAAUUUUGUAAUCACAGGGACAAAAAUAGAAUUUAUCACAGCGUGUUGCUAUAGUGACUACCAGUAAUUUAUGACUGUGCCUAUUCCUGUGUUUGUUAUUCCACCAUCAGUAAAUAGUUAGUAUUUGGAAAAGUAAUUAUACAGUAAAUACUGCAUUCUAAAGAUAUGUAAUGCUAAACUGUGUCAGCAUAAACAUCAGUUUUUCAUCCCCGUAAUCUGUGUAUGGGAAACCUUCAUAUAGAGCAUAGUGGAGCCUAUGUCUCAGAAAGGUCAAUAAAAGGCGCUAUUUUAAAAUGAACUGUGGGAGAUGACAGUUAUGUUCUGUCUGUGUCACUUGUAUUUGUCUUUUAAUUACAUGAGUAAUGUAUAAUAGGAAAUACUAAAAACUGUAUGCAGCAAAAAGCACCAGGAAUCCAAUACUUCCCCCACUCCCCUUAAAAAUAACUGCUGGCAACAUUUUGUUACAUGUACUUCAGUACUUUUUCCUUACAAAAAUGGGCUCAUCCCAUAUGAGCUAUUUUGCACCUUGCAUUUUUCUCUCCAGAGUACAAUAUCUUUCUGUGCAAAUAAAUCUGCUUCCAUGGUAUUAUUCUUGAUGACGUAACAUUGUUUAGUUUUCCUAUUGUGUUUCUAAGGGUUCCUGUAGAUAACGACAGCCAACAUGUGUUUCCAUUUCUGUUUUGAGAAUGUUGAUAAGUAAACAUAAUUGAACAUUUCCCUGUCAAAGCAGAGCAAUCUAAACACCUUAAAGAGCAGAAGCUGCAAUGCUUGCCUUGUAUACCACUUUCCAUUGCUUUUAUUCUUGGUCACUACUUUUCCAUGAAAUGCCUUGAGUGCAAACCAAGAAUGAAGGUUGAAUGCAACCCGUUUUAAAAAUCCACCUCCAGACUCUUCUGUUCAGGAAGUUGAAUUCAUCUCAUGACAGUUUUUAUUCAGCACACGGAGAUUUCAAGUAUACUUCAAAAGUUCACGUGAUAGAAAGAGAAAAAAAAGUGACUAUUAUAUAUCCUUAUAUCUGAGUUGCCUUUUCAUUGAUAAGAAUGAAAACUAGCCACGUGUGCAAAGUGUUAUUGGCAGAGAAGUGUUUCCAGGUAAGGAUCUGAAACCUUUUCUCUUGUUUUCAGAAACAAGAAAUUAUUCAUAAAAUCAAGUGAUCAGCUAUUUUAAGCGCAAAACACAAUCUUCCUAGUAAUUUCUAGUAAUUAAUACAUAAAUCUCCUCUCUAUGCUAAUAGAAUUCAAUCCCUAAUCCAAAUACAAUGUAUCCUGGAAAAAAUGUAUAUGACAAAAAUGUAUGCUUUCUCCUGCUUAAUUUCAAAUAAACAGCAGUGCUCGCUUGUUCAAUGGGAGAAAGACUGUACUGAGGGUUAACGUGUAACCAACCUUUGUUUACCAACUUGCUGGACUGGCCUAUGCCAAUAGUUCUCAGAGUGUGAGCCCCAACUAGCGGCAUCCGCAUCACCCGGGAACUUGUUAUAAAUGCACGUUCUCAGACCCCACCCUAGACCUUCUGUACCAGAUCGUGGGCCCAGCGAUCUGGGUUCUAACAAGCCCUCCAGGUGAUUUUGAUGCAUACGCAAGUUUGCUCUGUGCUUGCUGUUCACACUGUAAACACACCGAGCAACAUCCAUAAUACAAUGCACGUUACAGACUAGAAGGCACCUUUCCAGCGUGCCCAAGGACGCCUGUCCCCAAGAGUCAAGUUGAACAUUUACUGAGCCACCUAUGUUUACUCUAAGACUUCCCAGUGCUAUUUGUGCUGGCUAUUAUAUUUAAUUUUGUAUAACUUUUUUAAAAAAUGUUGUUGGAAAAGGGAUAGACGAGUUUGUAAAAAAAAAAAAAAAUCUUCAAAGUAUUCUAUACUCACAUCGUUUUGUAAAUGUCCAAAUUUCACCCUCUAGUUUAAGGGGCCUAAAACUGUA